UCAAGCUGGUGGGGCUGUGAUUGGAUAGCGGCAAGCACGUGGUGCAGUGCAGUCAGUGUGCGUGCGCGUGUGUGUGCGCGCUGCCUGAAGCCAGCGCCGAGCGGAGCUUGUCUGCCAGCAGCUUCAGCAGCGGCUCGUUCUGGAUCCUAGCACGCUCACUGACAAUUCAACGAGGCCCCCCCCCCUUUUUUUUUUCUUCUCGUUUCCCGAGGAUUAUAGUUCACCAUGGGCGACAAAAAGAGCCCUAGCAGGCCAAAAAGACAAGCCAAACAAGCUGACGACGGCUACUGGGACUGUAGCGUCUGCACCUUUCGGAACACGGCUGAGGCUUUUAAAUGCAGCAUCUGUGAUGUGAGAAAGGGCACAUCAACAAGGAAACCUAGGAUCAACUCCCAGCUUGUGGCCCAGCAGGUGGCCCAGCAGUACCCAAUGCCACCCCCAGCUAAAAAAGAGCGACGGGAGCGGAGCGAGCGCGUAGACCGGGAACGGGUGGACGGGGAAGGAGAGAGCGCUAUCGGGGAGCCUCACCCUGAAGGUGAACGUCCAGAGAUGGUGAGGCCCGAGAUAGACACUUGUCCCCUUGACAAGGAAAAGAGCGACAAGGAGCAGCCGAUCCAAGACAAAGCCGACAGAGAGAGAGACAUCAUCCCGGCCAUCACAAAGAAGCCCAGCAUAAAAAAAAGCAGACCCAAAUCAGACAACCACCAGAGUCCACCCAGUGACAAGCAGAGUAUACAGUCUGGCAAAUCAGCCACCAAGACAAACAACAAGAACAAUCAUAUUUUCAGGCCCAAGCUGAAGAACAUCGACCGGAGCACAGCGCAGCAGCUGGCCAUCACCGUGGGCAACGUGACAGUGAUCAUAACAGACUUUAAGGAGAAGAGCCGUUCCUCGUCCACGUCCUCGUCCACGAUCACGUCCAGUGCAGGCUCUGAACAGCAACACCAGAGCUCCGGCUCCGAGAGUAUGGACAAAGGCUCGUCGCGUGCCUCCACGCCCAAAGGAGAUCUCUCCGCAGGCCACGACGAGUCCUUCUGAGGGUCUGCUCCUUUCUCUGUUGAUCCCACCCACUUGACCCCCUUUUCACCUCACCUUGCCGGACACUAUGGAUCCCCAACGGGGAGAGACUUGACCUUCCCCACGGCCACGCCGCCUCUGUUCCAUGACCAACUUGGAUGCGAAGAAGGAGUGGAGCGAACAUGGAAAUGAAGGCCUCCCUCCGGUGGGCAAGGAAAAGGAGCCGUGGACUGAGCAGAGUUAAUGCCCAUGCUAGCGUCAAGGCACUUGUAUGUAUUGUUUUAUAUUUGGACAUGGCUGUGAGGCCAAGUCGAUCUUUUUGUUUUGGUUGAGAACAUUUCUCCGCUGGGCACAAUAACCACCAUUGUUUUAUUUUCAUUAUUAUUAUUAUCAUUUGUACCCUUAUUUAUUAUCUGUGGCACCUGUAUAAUUAGUUAUUUUCUGUACAAUGUUGAAGCUUGGCUGCGUAGCUCUGCUGACCGAUCCUUCCCUCAGUGUUCUUAUUGCAGUUUGAAAUUAUGCCAGACCACACACACACACACACAACACACACAACACACACACUCGCAAAGGUGCUAGAUACACUGUGAAACGUUUUUCAGAUAUCACUCAAUGUGAUGAAGAAUCCAACCGUCACUCCCUUUUCUCAACAAAAUCGUCUCACUCUGAAAACUGUUGGGACCUUCAUGGCUGCUGUGUGCAUCAGAAGUCCAAAUAGUCAACUUUGAACUAAUAAUCUUCUCCAGUAUUGUGUGUCCUUAACUGUACAGUGUAGGCUGUUGUGUAAAACACUAAAAGCUGUUGGUAUUUGCUCCAUUCCAUUGUGCAGAUGUUGAGUUUCCUGGCUCCAGGUGAAGUCGUGUGGCUAUUAAUUUGGCGUUUAUCCCGGCGCGACUGAAGGAUAGUUGCACGCAGUUUCACUUGGUGAAACCAUAUAGAAGGAACUGUUAACACACUUCAACAGAUGUCGUUUGUUUUUGUUGUGGCACCUCAAAACCUGUUCGAAACCAGUGCAAACAAGUUCUCUUAGUGACAAUUUCGUUUCUUUUUUUAUAUUUGCUAAAUGGUCAUUUAAACCCUAGAGUCAGUGUCAGUGAAAAUAAAAUUACAAUUGCUUUUUUUCUUUUUAGAACGGCAAGGAUUGUUCAACGUUCUAAUUUCCUUGCCCCUACAGUUGAUACGAGAACAACCUAAUUUCCUUUUAAGUGUAUGAAAUUGUAUAAAGAAUAAAUGUGUAUAUGAUAUCUUAGUUUUAUUUAUUGAAGGACCAAAGGAAUUUCAUAUUGACAUGAUACAUAGAUGAAUACAAAUUUGAAAUACAAUUAUUGCAAUUAUCUAAUGUUUGAGAUGAAUAACAGUUUAAAUAAAGACUAAUAUAAUCCCUGUUAAUGGUGUUCUUAUUGUUCACUCGCUCUGCGCAGCGCGACACACUGGACAUGAGAGGUGAGCUGUGUGAGCUCUCCCAUCACCAUAGAUGUAGCCCCCCACCCCCCGCCGCGGCAUACCAGGUAUGGCUGAGGUCCACCCCAGCAGAAUUUGAGCAUGAUUUCAUGUGUGCUUUCUCACGAGGGGACGAUAAUCCUUUAUGUAUCUCAUACCUUUCUCUUUCCUUUGCUCUUAAGUGGUUCAAAUGUAAUCAUGUACAUGGGUGCGUAUGAAAAAAAAAUGCCAUCAGUGUUCGAAGUGGGGAGAAGCCAAGUGGAUAAAAUGAGCUGAAGAUGAAAUGUUGGAUUUUUACACCCGGUUUUGUAAUACAAUCGUUUGGAAAUGGGCCCAAAAAGCCAUUGUUUCACUUGCCUUAUCUGCAACCAUAUAGUAGUGCAAGUGAAAAGAUUUGUUAAAUUAUUGACAAAUGGCCAUUUGAGUAUAUGACGUAUUGCUUGUACAUAGUUUUAAAAUCUGCAAACUAUUAAAAUGGCAUUGACGCUAAAGUCAUUUGUUCCUCGUUUUCUUUCCGCGCAAGCAGUUCUGUUCUUGUGUGCAACCAGUAACCUUAAUUUACUGUGUAAAGAUGGUUACAUUUUUUUAGCUUUGUUUGUCAGAGAUCCAAAUAUAGUAUGCUUGUUUACUGACUGUAUAUCUUUAAACGUGAAUUCCCAACUCUGUAUUAUACAAACUCACUUCUUCCUAUAAGAUGUCUUGUACAAUGGUUUUAAAACUUAUUGAUCUGUUGGAAAAGAAAUGUGAGAACAUUUGUAGGACAGUACAAUAACGCAUUUGUUUG